CUGAAUUGUGAAAUAAGCGAAGGGGUCAAAUGUCAUCUAGAAUUCUAUACAACACUAUUCAUACUCACUCGACGUCACGCACUCGGAAAAGUAUCAGGCUGUAUGGAAAGUUCGUGUGAUUAGGUGAUAUUACACUAUCAGCUAUUAAUUAGAAUACAACAUUUUUCGAGAAGGAACGCACGCAAUGAGAUAUGUUGUGAAAAAUUCAUAUUUAUUGAAGUGGAGUAAUUAUAUUUGAAUUUGCUAAUAAGGAUUUCAAACAAUUGGAUAGAUGAUUUAUGUUCCGUUUCAUACACAAAAACGGAAUCGAUACAUGUCUCCUUUUAUUCAUAACUCGGAGUAAAACGAUUGAACUGUAUUGUAUUACGCGCUUCUUUCUCGAGAUCAACCUGUAGUACCCAUUUACCUGCAGUAAAUGUUUCGCAAAAGUGAUAAAGGAGAUUUUUCCGAUGUGGAAAACCAAAAUAAGGAUCUCGAGAGACGUCUUGAGAAGUUGGAAAAGGAAAAUAGAAAGCUGAGGAAGAAAAAGAAGAGGAAGAGCCAUCGUCGCAGGAAUAGAUCGAGUGAUGCGGUCACUGACGAGUUGUCGUCGAGCGGAUAUCGUGACCGUUCCAGAUAUCCCAGAGCGAGAUCUUUUAGUUCGGAUCGGUGUGUUUCUUCAGUUCCUCCAGAUAGGAGUGAACAAGAAGAUAACCCAGCAGAUGACAGGCAGGCAAGUCAGAUGCAUCGGGUUUUGCUGGAUUCCACGAAUCAGUUAACAAAUCUACGGAACAUCCCUGUCGAUCAUGUGCCACCGGUAGAUUUAAGUGAGCCAGCGAUAUUGAACACAGAAGCUGCGUUAAGUUCUGAUAUUUUAGAUAUUUUUGGUAAGCGUAUCUGCGAAGAAAGAGUCUUCGCUCCUCCAGUUCAUAAAGAUCUGGUGAUACGCUGCGAAGAUGUUAUUAAGGAGGGCCUGUCGGAGGAAAUUAGAGUAAAGGUUCUGAAGAAAUAUCCACCUCCUAAAAACUGUACGUCCAUUGAUCCUCCUAAACUAAAUCCUGAGUUCAAAUUUGUUGUCCAGGAGUUGAUUCCGAAAAGGGAUGACCGCAUUCGGAAGAAACAGGAAAAGAUUACUGUUUCUUUGGCUCUCGCAAUGCAAGCAAUGUCUAUUGCUGUGAAGGGGAAAGACAAUCCUAAAAUGCUGUCUUUAGUUAAAGACAGCACUUUAGAUUUGAUCCAGCUAUUGGCGGAUCUGCAGCACGAUGAAACAAUUUGGAAGAAGUGUUGA